GCCGAGAGCGUUAAGGACAGAUCAGCUACUCCACAAAUCCAGCAAGCUUGGUCUCGACACGCGCAUCUGCCCGCCCAUUGCUGUCUCUUGUUGCAAUCUCUCUUUCUCUCUCGCACACAUCAUAAUCACAAAGGUCUCGACCCUUCUUCUCUUCGUCUCUCUCUCUCUCCCCUUCUCUCUCUCUCCCUCUCUUCCUCUUCUCUACUUUUUUUUGCGAUCCCUCACACAUCGGAUUCGGCUUUCUCCUCUGCCCGCGUUGCGUCCGCAAUCCGCCACGUCUCACGUUCGAUUCGGGCGUACGGCUUUCUUCAGCUCGAUCUGAGAUCGAUAAAAGAAGAAGUAAAAGAAAAAGCAAAAGAAAGCAGAAGCAGAAGAAUAAUAAGAAUCAGCCCACAUGGCGCAAUUGCGAGGCGGACACUACCAAAUGGGUGGCGGCUACGGCGUUAGCACCAACCCGGCCACGAGCGACCCUUCGCCGCUGGACCAGAUCCGGGAGCAGACGAGCAAGAUUGAAGACUUCUUCGACACCAUCUCUGAGCCAAUUAAGCCGUAUCUUCCAGCGAUCGGCCGCUUCCUUAUCGUAGUCACCUUCCUCGAAGACGCUCUCAGGAUAAUAACGCAGUGGAGUGAUCAGCUGCUCUACCUCAAGGAAUAUAGGCACAUCCCAUGGGGAAUAACACACCUGUUCCUGAUUGCCAAUGUCAUCACCAUGUGCGUCUGCUCGACCAUGAUCAUUACUCGCAAGCAUUCCGAAUAUGCCGUCUUCGGCCUUCUCGGCGUUGUCGUCACCCAGGCGCUCGGUUACGGCCUCAUCUUUGACCUCAACUUCUUCCUGCGCAACUUGUCCGUCGUCGGCGGUCUCCUCAUGGUCUUAUCCGACUCGUGGGUCCGGAAGCGAUUCGCUCCCGCUGGUCUGCCGCAGAUCGACGAGAAAGACCGCAAGAUGUAUGUCCAGCUCGCCGGUCGCGUCUUGCUCAUCUUUCUCUUCCUCGGCUUCAUUUUCGCCGGCGAAUGGAGCAUUUGGCGCGUUAUCGUUAGCAUCUUCGGCUUCGUGGCCUGCGUUAUGGUUGCUGUUGGCUUCAAGGCCAAGAUGAGCGCUGUGCUGCUCGUCAUGAUCCUGAGCAUAUUCAACGUGAUUGUGAACAACUUCUGGACCCUUCACCCGCACCACCCUCAUAAGGAUUUCGCCAAGUACGACUUCUUCCAGAUCCUUUCCAUUGUUGGUGGUCUUCUCCUCCUGGUCAACAUGGGCCCAGGUCAGGUCAGCUUCGAUGAGAAGAAGAAGGUCUACUAAGCUAGCCUGUGCGGUUCCACCGAAAUUACCAAUUGAGAAAUUACAGCCCACCCGCAACGCACUGUUCAGGAUAGCGACCAUUUCUUUGAUCGGCUGGCCAGCCGCACGUAAGCUUACUACACCACAACAAUCACCAGAACUCACCAAACACUCAUGUACAAUAUCAUUGUAUGCAGCGUCAUUGGAAACAUCUUUAACGUUGGAGAAGAAUCACAAAAGGCUGGGGAAAAUACUUUAUUUGCGACUAUUCAGGGCUAGGUUUGGGGUGUGGAGUAAUUCUACAUGGCGCAAUAACUGGAUCUAGCGGCGCUCGUAUAGUCGCACCUUCCCGGUCUCUUGCCCGGGAUAGAGAAUGCGCGUGUGUUGGAGAGAAACAGGACGGCAAAAAGUGUGGAUGCCUCAGGAUUCAAUGAUGAAGAACAUGGUAGCAAUUGAGUAUCAAGCUUAUUAUUUUCUUGGAAUGAGGAAAAGGUGCCCCAAGUGUGCAGCU